AAAAAAACAAGGUCUAAAGAGGCUGGCGUUUCUUCUCCAGAUGAUGGUCACUCUCUAAGUUUCAUAUCUCUAUAGUUCAGCGUCUCUAAAGGAAAAAGUAGAGCCAAGUCCUUGAUGACGCAAACCCUAUUCCCUUGGCGACUAGAAAAACCACGGAAGCGCAUUACUCCGGCCGACAGUUGACCAAUCGGCAACUGCCUUCCCACCCCAGCGCUUUCCCAAAAGGCCCUUCGCCUUCUCCCCAAGAUGGCGGAUCUAAACCGGCAAUUGCAGGAGUACUUAGCUCAGUCCAAGGCGGGCGGCAGCUCGGCGGCCCUGUCGGCGCCCCAGAACCCGCCGCGAGAUGAGGCGGAGAAGCCCGGCUCGGGGUUGGGGACUUGGCUGGGCCGGAUCAACCCUUUCCCCGCGACGGAGACGUGGCCGUGGGCAGCCGAGCCGGAGCCGGAUCCGUGGCUGCCGACGGGUCUGUCCCGCUGGCAGCGGAUGGUGGGGAGCGCGCUGUGCCUGCUGCUGGCCGCGCUCUGCUUCGGUCUCGCCGCUCUCUACGGGUCGCUCCUGCUGCUCCGCAAGUUCGCGCUGCUCUGGUCGCUGGGCUCCACCUUCGCCUUGGGCGCCGCGGGCUUCUUACGGGGCCCGAGCCGCCUCCUGGGCGAGCCCGACCGCCGCGGCCUGGCCCUCCUUUACUUAGCCUCGGUGGGCGGCACUCUGUACGCGGCGCUUGGGCUCCGCAGCACCCUGCUCACCACGCUGGGGGCCGUCGUCCAGCUGGGAGCCGGCGGAGUCUAUUUGCUGUCUUCGGUACCUGGCGGGACUACCGGGCUGCGCUAUGUCGGCGGGUUCUUGGGCGGCGCCGUGCGACGCAGCGUGUCCAAAACUCUGCCCGUGUGAGGACGGUCGUCAAGGCGAAGCCCUUCGUGGACGUGGGAAAACAAGAUCGAUCUCUGUGGUGAAGAGCCCCUUGCCUGUCUCCAAACCAACGCGCAGCACUGGACGUCGUCUCCAGGCCAGACCCGACUGCCCAUGGGGCAUUUUGUAGGAUAACGUUUCUUUACUGUUUAUCUUUUCGAAUCGAGGGCAGAGGAGUACUUGAGUAACCUUACCAGGACACUGCAUCCUUCGCACAAGGCAGUUGAAAAGGAUAGUUGAAGUUCAUUGCAACAAAGGUGUAUGAACUUGGCUGAACAAGCUACUCAAGCAAUUGAACCAAUUAAGGGCUUUAACAGUGGUACUGGGUAAAGGUCUUUUUGUGUCUCCCCUUGCUCUCUGAAACCACUCAGAUGUCCUCUCAGCAGCAGGUGAUGAGGUUUUGUUUUUUUGUUUAACAGGCAGACCCAGCCAAGUGUACAAGUAUGUGUUGGCAGAUUCCUUGAGGGUGCACAUUGAUGCCAGACCUAUCUCUUUGUCUUAGAACCCAACUACAUAAUAUAUCAAACAUGCUUUUAUGAAAGUGUUUUCAAUAAUGUCACUUCUAUUUUGAAGAAGCAACCAAUCUGUUCUCAUCUCUGUGUUGCGCUGCUUAAAGAGUACAAGCAGAUAGUUCAUUUCUUCUGGAAUGGUCUGUCACAAGAAGUGGCAAGCAUCACUUGCCUGUCUCUUGCUGCUGAGAGUGGCUGAAAGACAAUAGUAGCAAGAAUGACACUCCCACUUGCUAUUAUGUUGGGCUGUCCCCAUCUCUGCACCACCCAGAGGAAGAGCACAAGUGAGUGAGGAUGAGAUGGCUACUCUGGUGUGUAUGUGUUCAAGGUUUACUGACUGGAUGGUUCCUCAUCCUUUCCAGCUUCUGAUGCAUGGUAGGGGGAAAGAGAAGUUGCUAUUUACUACUGGCCUGAUCAGCUCUUUUUCCUUCAGAAAAAGCUGCUCUAAAAGUGUGCUUUCGAUAACAAGUAGUUGAACCUUAUACUCUUUUAAAAUGAGAUGGUCCAAAUCAUCAGUUUGUCUCUUCAACUUUUCAGAGCCAGAGCAGGAAAUAAAUUUGGAAGCUGUUGUGAUUUGCUUCCAUUCAGUUUCCUAGUAUCAUAACAUUCCCAAUUGCCAUGUAACCUCUUGCCUUACUAAAAGUCAGCAGUAUCAGUAUAUACAGUACUUUGUUUAUCCAUAACAAGAAUAUCAAGUUCUUUCUUGGGCUGACUUCCAGCAUACUUCCCAUUCAAGCAAUGACUUCUAUGGCUGAUCAUAUUCAAAACGGCAUGACCAUGAGACUGCUGAAGUUCACGUCAGUGAUUUUAAAGACAAGUAUAAUAUAGACAUGGGGCCUAAUUCUGCCAUAAUGGGUUAUGCUCUCGUUGUGACUUUGGGAAAUCACAAUAUAUGUGAAAAAGCUGUGCCUGAAUAUAUUAUCCUCAACUUCUUUGGAUCAUGGGGCUAUCUGUCAUAUACGAUUCUGUCAUAACUUAUUCCAUGUUUGCAUUGAAGAUUUUUGUAAGCCCAUGGGUUAAAUCUGAACUGCUCAGGCUCCUAGUUCUUGCUACAGCUUAGAAGUAUUGAUAUGUGGUGGGAUGGAUGGGUAUCACAUAGACAUAUUUAAUAUAUCAAUAUGCACUACCAAAAUCACCUGAGUAAAGUUCAAUUUGCUCCACAAAUGUAAUCUGUAAACCACUUAAACCAACAGCAGCUGCAAGCACUACACUUUGGCAGUGUAAGUUGCAUAUAAUGUAAUUUUAAAACUAACCAUUGAAGCUGCCUCUUAAUUGUGGCUCUUAGUGUUAUUUGAAGUCAUUAAAGUAAGCCUUGCAAAAUGGCUUAGAGUUUGCAGCCAAAUGUUAAAGUAUUAGUUUUUCAAAGUCUGUAGCUCUCAAUAAAACAUUUUUGACAACAAUAAAAAAUGAUAUGCAAAUAACUUCCAGUUCAAAAGUACGUUACUGAGAAAGGCUUCUUGCUGUAGUGGGAAUGUUAGAGCACUAUCUUCAAACACAAAUGCUGCAUCAGUGUGGGACAUGAAGUGUAAAACUUGAAAGUAAUUUAGUAGCUAGUAUGUCUGAAUAGAUACCUUGACUACUUGAUGUACAGCCCAGUCCUGUGCAUGUGAAGCAAGUCCUAGUGAGACUUUUUAAAAAAAAUAAAUGCAUAGGAUUAUGGCUUUAGGUUGUGAUCUGCUAUUAAGAUGGCAUAUUUGUUUACAUUUUCAAACUUGUUAUUUGUGGGUCCUGCAUUGUAAUGAAAUCAGGCUAUGGCAGAUGCCGCAGAUCUGAAUCAAAAUGGUGCUAAGUGUUGUUAAACUGUGUGAUAAAAAUAUUCUGAAAUCUUUUAAUUGGGACUUUAAAAAAUAGUGUUAAUUAGCAUGACACAUUGUAGAGCACAUUUAACAGUGCAAUCCUGUUUACUCAGAAGGAAGCCCUGCUGAGUUAAAAGGGACUUACAACGAGGUACAUAGCCUAACAGGUAGGCUAACCCUGCCCUGAUAUCAAUAGAGCAAAGGGUGCUUUAUCUCAUACUCCGCUGCUUUUGCUUGCCAGGGUGGAAGGGGGAUUUCUUUCUUACAUUUUUGCUGUGCCAGCUCCAGACUAGCAUAGCUGAGAAGCCUAAGGAUCAAGCGCCUCAGAGGAAGCACAGGAUCCAGAGCCCUGGCAUCCUGACCCAUUUCACGUCUUAUUGCUGGCUUUCCACCCAUCAAAGGUGGAGCCUGCACUAUAGAGCCCCCACCCUGUAAACCAGUAGCACAUCUGUUUGCUGUCAGGGAGUAACAAGCAUAGUAUUCUAUCCUCCCACAAAGCCACCAACAUUGGGAGGGUGCAUUAGGAUUGGGCUGUAAGUGUUUGGUUUUUGUAUUAGUAUACAUUUUUUGUAUUCAUAGUUGGUUUUUGCAAACUUACUUUGAAGUGUUUUGGGUCUCAAUAGAAGUGUUUACAAAACUAGCUGAUAGCACUUUCAGAAGUGAAACUGAUUUGAAUGACUCAUUAAAAAAACCUCAGAUCUAAAUAGGGGCUGAAAACAAUAUUUUAAUGGUGGUUUGUUUUUUUUAGAUUGUUGGUUAUAACUGUCCUUAAGAUUGCUAUGUAUAUUUCCCAUUUAACUGUGGUUGAGGUGGAAGGAGCAGGCAUUCCCAGAGCUAGAUGGCACCAGUAUUGUCUCUGCACUGACCACAUCUAAAAGCUUUUCAGAUAUUUUAAUACUGUCAGAUCAUCUCUUGAGAAAUGUACCAGCAUAACACAGAGACUGCAAAGCUUCUCUGUAGAAAUAUGUCUACAAAGACUUAACAAAACUUAAAAGCACAAAAUAAACUUCACCAGAAUGCUGUUUUCUAGUUCUUUUCUUCUGCAGUUGGGUAGGCUUCACUAUUGGAAUAAACUGUCUACCAAAGAGAACUGGAGAAACAUGUACAGUAUGUGCUUUACGUUCACUGCUUUGCAAAUAUGUGUAAUGUGUCAUUUUUGUUAAUAAAAUUGAAUAAUUAAAGCCUAGGCCAAGGAGUUUUGAUUCCUUGUGACAGAAGUCUUAAGGCUCAGUGAUUUUUUUGUUCCAUGGUUGGUAUGCAGUAUAACCCUUAGUGGCUUUAAACUUGUCCAGACCCAAGACCCACUUCCGAGUCCAAACCUGCAACGUUGGACCCACUUUCACUUUUGAUUUAUACUUAAUAAUGCUAAUAAUGUACAUUAAUAAUCCUAGAAUAAUAAUUUAGAGCAAUAUAGUUUACUUAUUUAGUAAUAAUAUUAAUAAAACACUAAUGACUUUUAGCAAAAAGACAGAAAAGCUUUUGAAAAGCAAUGUUGUUGUUUUUAAAGACACUUUCAGUGGAACACCUGAGCAUGUUUGUUCUUCCAGAUUUCAUUCCAGUAAGGGGAGAUAUUAGAAAAGCAACUCAUUUCCUUCAGCUAAACUGUUUCUUGUUUUGUUUUUAAGGGUCACCAUUGUUGAGAAAUAUGGAUAAUAGCUUCACUUGCCAAUUCUGGGUAUUCUUUCCUAGCCAAAAUCCAAAACUUUAGUAAUAUUAGCUGUUGAAAUUGCACUUUCAAGAUUGUGUCAGAAGAUCACUCAAGGAAUUGUUUCUGCAACUCAUACCUUAAUUCCAGUGACUCUUGUGUCCACAGUGAAUGGCAAAUAUAGACACUGCAUACUUUCACACAAAUUUUGGGGGAAAUAGGCACUGAUUGUUCAAAUAACGUCUUGUUUUGUGAAAUUUUGCUUCUGUUUGAUAUCCCUCAAGAUCAGUAUAACACUAAUAAGUUGUCAAGAUUCUGACAAUUGGAUGCUUUUGUAUCCAGAGACAAGAAUGCAGUCUAUGCAUCAGUUUAUACUACAUGGAAGAUACUGUGUGGGGAAUGAUAGAGGGAAGAUGUGAAAAUAUGUAUAUAAAAAAUCACAAACUCCAUUUGUUAAUUUUUGGACAAAUUGCAUUCUGUAUUCAUACAAAAACAACUCAACUUUUUCCUGACAACUGUACAUAUAGAAACAAGUUCUUCUGGACAUGAACUGAAAUCUGUGGAGGUGCUCCAUGUCUCACAACACUAAAAAAACAUCCAGCUUUUAUCUUCAAAAAUCAAUGCAAGAAAUAUGGAAGUGAUGAGGGACUGUGAUGGCAAGGAGAGUGAAACAAAGGUAGUUGUGAUGGCAUUACUAGCUGGCAUUUAAUCUUUGAAUAGACCUUCUUAGGAACUAAUGCACAUUCAUUUAUCUCCAUUU